AUGAUAUUCCGUCGUGAUUUGUGCGGAAUCUUCUGCGCUUUGCUCACUUAUUUAGCAAUGAUUUAUGCCGAUUAUGUAGUCAUCGUAUGGCUCAUUGCACCUACCUUCAUGCAAAGUUUAUGGGGUGCGCUGCAUGCAGUUAUGUUUAAUACAGUGUUGUUUUUUGCAUUUGCAUCUCAUUUGCGAGCAAUGAUUACGGAUCCAGGGAUUGUGCCGAUUAGUCGGAGUGGAUUGUUACAUUGUAAUAGGAAUCGUUUUCCUAAAUCGCUUUCUGAUAGUGAAUCCAAUAGUACAGAUACCGAUGUGGAAGUGAUAGAAGAAAAUAAAUUUGUGGGAAAGGAUUGGACAAUUUGCACUCGAUGCGAGUCUUAUAGACCACCGCGAGCACAUCAUUGUCGUAUCUGCCGACGCUGCAUUCGAAAAAUGGAUCAUCACUGUCCCUGGGUUAAUAAUUGCAUCGGCGAGUACAACCAAAAAUAUUUCCUUCAGUUUCUGUUGUAUGUUGGCCUAUCUUCAGGAUAUGCGCUCAGUUUAAUAGUGACGGCUUGGGUAUACCACGAUGAAUACGGCAUUACCGGUAUGAAAGGACCAUAUGGACAAAGUGUACAUCAUGCGAAAAUAUUGCAUACCGUUUUCCUCUCUAUCGAAAGCGCUCUAUUUGGUUUGUUCGUUUUGGCGGUUUCUUGUGAUCAGAUACAAGCACUUCUGAACGAUGAGACGGCUGUAGAAGCAGUUCAACGCAAGGGUUUCCACAAUCGAGUGGCUCUAUCACGCUCAAAAGUAAUUCUAGUGCGGGAGGUGUGCGGCAGCGGACCAAUGAUAUUGUGGUUGUUACCAUGCUCAGCUUUGCCGUCAGAACGAGACGUGAUUCAACUCUCAAAUCAACCACUUAUUGUUUAA